GCAACGAGUACGGUGUUUCUGUGUAGAGGCGGAUAAAUAAACGAUCAGCUGUGUCAAUAGAAAACUAAAGAAGGGUGUAAACUGACCUCGCAGUGAAGAAACGAUACUGUAAACACAACAUCCGCAAAGCGAUACAUAUACAAACAGGCCAGUUUGUGACGCCAGAUGAUUCAUAUUUCUGUCUCAUCCCAGUAACAGAGAAAUAUUCCUACACAUAAAGCGUUUUUGUACUUGAUAUCAUAAACACGGCCAGAAUGUCAGACUUUGUCAUUUUAUGUCUGAUUGUGUUUUUGAUCAUCUGUCUCAUCUUGACUCUGGUGGGAUUCGUGUUCUACACCGGUCUUCUCUCUGAGGUCGUGGUUCGGACGGGAUCUCCUCCGGUUAAGAAGAUCACGAUCGCGUAUAAGUUCUGGAAAGGAUCGUACAAGGCCAGCGGAGCUGCUUUCACGGAGAGCUGCAGUAUUGGACCCAAACUGUCGUCUGUCGGUGUGUUUUACAAUGACCCCAAUCAGACUCAAGCAGAUGAGUGUCGGUAUGUAGUGGGCAGUAUACUCAGUGAAGAUGAAGAGAAACCUGAUGAAGAACUUCAGCGUCUGUAUGAGAAGUUUGGCUACAAGGUCAUCUCCUUCCCAGAAGUCUCCUGUGCAGUGACCUCCUCAUUUCCAAACAGAUGCUCGUUGUCCCCCGUCUGUGCAGCAUAUAGAGUCUACCCUGAACUCGAUCAGUAUAUAAAGGAAAGGAGUCUAAACGCGUACCCGUUCCUGGAGAUAUGCAAGGGAGAUCUGAUCCAUUACAUGUGCCCUCUGGAAAAUCAAGAAGACUUUUGUGUCCCUGAACUUCUGAAGAAGAAGACAGCUGAGGACACGGAGGAAACGGAGGAGCAAAGAGAUGCUGAUGUCAUGGAGUCGGAGACAAGGGAAGAAUCUAGGCCAGAACCAAUCUCAGUGAUCCAGGAAAUAGUUGAAGAGACCAGGGAUGCACCAGAGGUUUCAGCCCCGUUGCUGGAGAGCUCCCAGAAUGGAUCGGGUGAGGAUGAGGGUCAUAGCGAAGAUGGGGACCAGGCGGACAAGGGGUCCAGCGAGUCGGUAGGCAGUGGCUCUUCCUUUGAAGAGUUGGACAUGGAAGCAGAAGAAGAGAAAAAGAGUGAAGCAGAAGAACCAGCAGAGGAUGAAAACCGUAUCGGACAAGAGAAAAUCACAGUAGAGGAAGAAAACAGGGAGGAAUGAUCUGGGAUGUAUUAAAGGGAAUUUGAAUGAAUGAUGUGCAGUGUGUGCACAUACAGGAUGUGAGUGUGAGGUGUAUACGUGGUAAGAAAGUUCAUCUGGAUAUUUUAAAUAAUAAUAUGUUUUUAUUUUCAAAUGUUUGCAAUCUCCAAAUACCUGGAAAUUCACACCCCUGUUACACAACAAACAAUUAUUCGUUUUAAAAGCUUUUUUUAAAGACCUAAUGAAUUGCACAUUAUUACUCGGCUUUGUAUUUAUUUCUGAAAACAAUUAUAAUUUGCUAUCUCUGUUGUCUGUCUUCCCACGUUAAUUAUUAAUCAUAAAAUGAGGUGACACCAUCUAUUCAUAAACAUGUUUUACAAAUGCUGUAUUCUGUAUUAAUUUCAAGUAUGAAUUCUGUAGCUUUGUAAUAAAACUGAAGCAAGGUAUGUUAUUAUUUAAGGUUGCUUAAUCUGACUGUAUUCCAAUGCCAGUUUUGUGCAACCUGCAUGAUAUGAUAGAUUAUCCGCCGGUUGUUUGAAAGGAGGAUCAGAUAAACAAAGAUAUGAAGUAGACAUAAGUAUUUUUUCUUUGUAUUUUUCUAUAAACCUUUUUUCUGUAAUUUUAUCACAUCCUAAACACAUUGGAAUGUAAAAAAAAAACAUUUGUAUCGUAGUGUCUCUGAUAACAUUUGACAAGUAAAGCAAGUAU